AUAAUUUAUUAUGUAACUUUUAAUUAGUUAAUGAGGAUUUUUAAAAAAACAUAAGAAAAUUUAGUCUCAUGGUGGUAUGUAUGCUUGUGCUUGGUGUAAAGGAGGAUGUGAACUUUUUGGUGGGUUGACAAGAACAUUUUUAUCAUUGGAUCUAUGGCAUCGGAGAUACAUGGAAGCUGGUUAUCUGAGUUCUGAAAUGAAAGAUUAUAAGAAUGUGGUGAAUGUAUGCCUAAUAAAGGAGAGAAACAAGUCAAAACUAGUUCUUGAAGUCAUUCCUUUGCCGGAGCUUCAUAUGUUAAUGGGAUUUGUAAAUCAUAUAUCAACUUAUAUAAUUGUUUAUUGGCCUGAAUAUAAAGACUGGGUUGACUCACUUGGAUGUAUUAGAAGAGGAUACCAUGGGGGAACAUAUGAAGGCAAUACAUGUAGGAUUAUUCUUAAAAACUGUGACCACUAA